GUUCAUCAUCCUAGAGUAUAACCCAACCAUCAUCCGACAAUGCGUCUUUUCACUCCAAUUACCCUCCUUCUCGCUACUACUAUUGCUCCAGCCAUGGCUGCUGCAGUGAAUGUCGACUAUGAUCCAAGCCGCAUUUGCAACGCUGAUGAAAAAUGCCGUUAUACUACCGACUACCCGAUGGACGACUUCAAACCACCUGCCAGGGAAUGCACAUGUCCUACAGGGUCUGAGUGCACUUUUGAGAAGGAUGAUAUAUGGAAUAGCGCCAUACACAUAUACUCAUGCCAGUAGAACCUUCCACCCCCUAAGUCGGCCAUCUUAGGAUAGGUCUACAUCACAUUAACAUGAACUUCGUC